AUGUCUUCUUCACCUCCUUAUCCUCUUGCAUCCUCUCCUGCUUCCAUGUCAUCAUCCAACAACAGCAGUAGCACCACUGCCAAUUCGGGACAAUCUUCAAAUGCAAGUGGUGAACAAUUAUAUUAUCCGAUUGCUUGCGUCGCUUGUCGUCGUGGCCAUAGAAAAUGUGAUCGAAAACUUCCAUCAUGUACUGAUUGCGUUCAAAAGGGUAAAGAAUGUCACUAUCCAGAUCAGCUCAAACGAGGACCACAACGAUCACAACCUUACAAAGUUUCCUUCACGAUGCACUCUAUGAACAAUUCAAAUAAUAUUUCCAACAGCAGCAAGAGUACUUCAUCAAAAACAAAAAAGAUCACCUCAAACAUCAGUACUAAUGAUCACAAUACGAUCAACAAUAAUAUGACUCGUGAUCACACCACAAAUUUUAGCGACCAUAUUGAAAAUCAUUCUAAUAGUGCAAACAAUGAAGAGCAAAGUGUCAACUUUCAAAUAGUUGACAUGUAUUUUGAUAUUGUUAGUUUGGGAUGUCCAAUUAUUCAGAGAUCAACCAUGCUUGACAUUAUUGCAAAAAAUCCAUUGAAUGAACAGGGUCCUGAAAAUAUUUCACUUCUUUAUGCCAUUCAAGCCAACUGUUUCCAAACAUUGGGCAAAAAACACGAAGGAAGGAAAGCAUUCUUCACUGCACGGAAAUGUUUAUCAGAAGUUUUUGAUCUAUUGGAUAACUUUGCAAUUGCUGGAACAUUUCUUUAUUUAGGACUAUUUUGUUUGAAUGAAGGAGAGCUUGGACAAUGUCGAUACUAUCUUGGAAGCGUUCAAUUCUUUAUUGAUCGAAACAAAGAUCGUCUCGCAGAUAAUUUGCAGUUUAUAUAUUUAUGCAGAUCUUUGCUUUAUACAAAAUUACAACUUGAGGAGGCAGAAUCCCUUGAAAUCUUAAACCAAGAUUUAGAUUUCACAAAAUCUUCACAUCUCGAUGUUGUGGUAAGCACAGAAAAAUUUACACAACAAGUGUUUCACAUGAAGAAAAUGAUGGACUUCUUUUUAUACAUUUCACAAAACAUGAAAGACGGCGAUUGUGGAAUUUCCGGAUUAGCCAUUCCACAACCUCAAUUUUCAUCGAGUACAGAGGAACAAGCAAUUGUGGCACAUGCUCAAAUGAUAAUUAAACCUCAAGCUCAAUUCAAUAGAGUAAGACAAGAGAAGUCACCUGUCACUGCUGCUUUGACCAAACUCAUGUAUUUAUUUAUGGUUGAAGGUGUUCGACUAGGUAUUCUUUCAAAAACAGCCUCUGAGUCAGAAAAUGCAAUCAUUGAGACUGCAAAUAGAAUUUCAGAACUUACAACUGUCUCCUAUUUUCCAUAUUUACCCUCUCAUACUCAUUCGACUGUUAUGAAUGCAGCACGAGUUCAUUUAUCACUUGUUCAACAAAUCUCCAAAGGUUUGAGACCUAAUGAGGCAGAAGUGUCACUUGCCAAAUAUUACGACUAUUUGAGAAAUGAUUUGAAAGCUCUCACUCAAAUGGCACAACGCUUUUCAAUUGUUGAAAAAAGAACCAAGAAUUUAUUACCCAUGAUUCAGCAAGAGUUACGAAAUCGAGAAUUACAAACCGAAUGGCAAUUACAAGCAUUACUGAAUCAACAACUUUACAGUCAGCAACAGAAUCCUCAAAAUACAUUCCAACAAAUUUUGAAACAAUUCACAGAAGCCACUACAAGCAAUAACAAUAAUUACAUCAGAAAAGAGAUUGGUAUCAACAACACUGCUGCUAAUCAAACAUCCUUGAUGAGUUCAUUUGGAGCUGUUACAUCCUAUUAUCAUGUCGAGGGAAAUAAUUUUAUUUCUAAACAACCAGCUCAACUCAGUCAAGAGUCUUCCUCUUCGACCAAUGACAAGAUAUCUUUCAAUGAUGAUUUUGAAUUCAACAGAGAAGAAUUUACCAUUCCAGAAGAUCAACAUGCGAUUCAUCGAAUGAGUGAAAUCAUGGGCUUUACAGUUGUUCCAUCAUCCUCAUCAUCCGUUACAACAUCAACAACAACAACUUCCAAUAUGGAUGAUGUGAGCACAUUCUUUAUUGAUGCAAUCACUUCACCUUUAAAUAUUCAUGUAUUGCCUUCAACAAUUACUGCAGAAAAUACACAACAAGAAGAACAGCCCAUUGUUUCAGUGUUUAGUUCAAAUUAUGCAAUUGAACAAACACUUUCAACGAAAGUGAGCCAAGAAAAUUAUUAUACAGAUCCUUAUCAAUCCGAUUUAUUGUUGGAAUAG